GGCGCCAUUUUAGACGAUUCGCAUUUAUUUUUACUUUACAACUUUUUUGGUGUGUGGUGCAGUGAUAACUCUAAGUGGAUUACCUUUUUAUUUAGCUGUGUGGUUGUAUUUUUACAACAAUUGUUUUUUUCCAACUUGAAGCAUGAAAGUUGAAGAACAGAUGCGGGGGCCAAGAAGGAUGAAUUCGCCCAACCUGCUAGUUCUAUUGUGGAACAAGAAGUUCACGGCCAUCUUUGUUGCGUGUCUGUGUUUUGUCAUGGUAAUGACAGUGUAUACGUGUUACCAACGUUACACCGAGUGGGUGUGGCAGGUCGAGGAGAGUAAGGUGGCCAUGGCUUGGGAUGGCUUUGGCCCGGAGAAAGGUCUAUACAACUUCACUGUGGUGACCGCCAUGCUGGACAUUGGCCGGGGGACGUGGACGUCCCAAGUCCGGCCGUACAACAUCUACCUGCUGUACAUGCAGCGUCUGCUGAGGAUGGACGUCAACUUGGUCGUCUAUGUCGACGUCAAGGCCAGGCCGUUCAUUGAGUGGAUGCGGCGGGGCAGGGAGGGCCGGACACGGGUGGUGCUAGUCCGUCUGGAGGAGCUGCCCUACUACAGGUACAGAGAUCGAAUGUCGGAGAUCAUGAGAAGUCCCGAGUACCAGCGGGACAAUGAGCUGUACCAGAAGAAGCUGUGCGAGUCCUACGUGCCGGAGUAUGAUAUCCUACAGCUCUCCAAGCUGUAUUUUGUCGAGAGAACAGUAAGAGAAAAUCCAUUCAAAAAUACGUAUUUCAUGUGGAUGGAUGGUGGAUAUGGACACGGUAAAAACGUUUAUCCAUCGGAUGAUUUAUGGAUUCCCAAAAAUCUAUUUGAAUAUCCAGACAAAAUCACGUUCAUUGAACGAACCCCGGGAGUAAAAGAGUUCGAGGCUAGGAAAAACAUCCUCCACAAAAUCAGCGUCAACAUCCUUCAGGGUCUGUUUUUCGCUGGGGGCGGGGAGGCGUUUCAGGAGCUGUACCGGCUGCAGCAGGAGCAGGUGGUCGAGUGGAUGGAGCAGGGAGUCGUGGACGAUGACCAGACCAUGUACAUGCUGAUCUAUUACAAGAAACCAAGUUUGUUUCGUUUGGUCGCCGGGGACUGGUACGACGUGUUUACACUUUUUAACCAGCGCGGGGUGUCUUGAUGUGAGACUGACUUUAGACCACAAAAGAUUUGUGGCUGAUUUUAUGGUAGUGUGAGGUUGACUAUGGGGAUGAGAGGCUGUCUAUCUUGACGUAAGGCUAACUCUACGAUGAUGUCUUACUUUAGCGUUAUUUGAGUUAACGUUAUCGCGACUUGAGGUUUAUUUUAUCGUAAUGUCUAAUAGGGCUUGUCAAUCUCGGUUUCUCUCGCUUAAAGUUCGAAAUCUCGUUAGCAAGGGAGAGAUGUAAAUUUUCGAACUGAAUUCAUAGGUUUGAA